AUGGCUGAUCUAGAAAAAACUGAAAAACCUCUAACAGGACCCAAGGGUCACUUAGGACAGAUUAAUAAAUGCUUUGAUCUGUCACAACAAUCUCCAGUUGAUAAUGUUGAACUAGAAACCAAAUUUCGAGUAGCAACAGGUAAAUUUGAGGAAGUCAAAUGCCAGAUAGAAAAGUAUUUGGCUGAACUGGAACAAUAUGAGGGUGAUACUCAAGCCAAGUUAGAUCCUUUCAUCAAAUUAAUUGCCCAGAUUCAGCUCCUUAGGGAUAAUUAUGCUAACAGAGUGAGCUGGCACUCUUUUAGUUUAAAAAAUAUGGACUUGCAUCCAACUAAUGAAACCACUGACUCACUCCAUGCCUUCAGAUUGGAGCUUGAGUCAUUACUUGAAACACUCGGUCUUGAGAUGCUGCCUGUUUUGGCUGUGUUUUGCCUGUGUUUGGCUACGCUCGUCCAGGGCAACUCGAGCAUUCAGAUGUGGAGUGUUGACGUAUUAAAAAAUAACGAAGUGAUCCGUGAACUAGAAAACUGCGGGUACUUCGAUAUUUGGGGCGACAAUACAACCCACGCCCAGGUAAGUGAACUCCCUAGCCCUGAACUCUUGGCUCCUACUGAAUACAUGAAUAGCCCUGAACGGCUGGAUCCUACUGAACACAGCCCUACCUUUCAACUGUUGGCUCCUUCUGAACACAGCCUUAGCCUUGAACUGUUAGCUCCCACUGAACACAGCCCUAGCUCUGAAUUGUUGGCUGGUAUUGUAUUCAGCCCUAGCCCUGAGAGGUUGGCACCUACUGAACACAGCCCUAACCAUGAAAUGUUGGCUCCUACUGAACACAACUCUAGGCCUGAACUGUUGGAUCCUCCUGAACACAACCCUAGCCCUGAACUGUUGACUCCAACUGAACACAUCCCUAGGUCUGAACUGUUGGUUCCUACAAAACACAACCCUAGCCCUGAACUGUUGAUUCCUAUUGAACACAGUCAUAGCCCUGAACUGUUGGCUCCUACUGAACACAGACCUAGCCCUGAACUGUUGGCUCCUACUGAACACAGCCUUAGCCUUGAACUGUUGGAUCCUAUUGAACGUAACCCUAGCACUAAAGUGUUGACUCCUGCUGAACACAGCUCUUGCCUUGAACUGUUGGCUCCUACUGAACACAGAUCUUGCCCUGAACUGUUCGCUCGUACUGAACACAGCUCUAGCCCUGAACUGUUACUUCCUACUGAACACAGCCCUAACCCUGAAUUGUUGGCUGGUUUUGAUCACAACCCUAACUCUGAACUGUUGGCUCCAACUGAACACAACCCUAGCUCUGAAUUGUUGGCUCCUACUGAACACAAAUCUAACCCUUAUUUGUUGACUCCUACUGAACACAGCCCUAGCCCUGAACUGUUGGUUAGUAUAGAACACAGCACUAGGUCUGAUCUGUUGGCUCUUACUGAACACAAAUCUAGCCCUGAACUCCCUAGCCCUGAAAUAUUGGCUCCAACUGAACACAGCCCCAGCUCUGUACUGUUGACUGCUACUGAACACAGCCCUAGCCCUGAACUAUUGGGUCACACUGAACACAGCCUUGGCCCUAAACUGUUGGCUGGUAUUGAACACAGCCCUAGCCUUGAACUGUUUGCUGGUAUUGAACAGAACCCAAGCCCUGAUCUGUUGGCUCGUAUUAAACACAGCCCUAGCCCUGACUUUUUGGCUCCUACUGAAUACAGCCCAAGCCCUGAACUGUUGGCUCCUACUGAACAAAGCCUUAGCCCUGAACUGUUGACUCCUUCUAAACACAGCCCUACCCCUGAACUGUUGGCUCCUACUGAACUCAACCCUAGCCUUGAACUCCCUAGUCCUGAACUGUUGACUGCAACUGAACACAGCCCUUGCUCUGAACUAUUGGGUAAUACUAAACACAGCCUUAGCCCUGAACUGUUUGCUGGUAUAGAACUCAGCCUUAACCCUAAACUGUUGGCUGGUGUUAAACACAACCCCAGCCCUGAUUUGUUUGCUCGUUUUAAAGACAGCCCAAACCCUGAACUGUUGGCUCCUACUGAAUACAGCCCUAGCCCUGAACUGCUCGUACCUACUGAACACAGUCCUAGCCUUGAACUGUUGACUCGAACUGAACACAGCUCUAGCCCUGAACUGUUGGCUCCUCCUGAACACAACUCUAACCCUGAAUUGUUGGCUCCUACUGAACAGAGCCCGAUCCCUGAUCUGUUGGCUCUUACUGAACACAGGCCUAUCCCUGAACGGUUUGCUCCUACUGAACACAACCCUAGCCCUGAACUGAUGACUCCUACUGAACACAGCCCUAGCCCUGAACUGUUGACUCCUACUGAACACAGUCCUAGCCCAGAAAGUUUGGCUACUACUGAACACAGCCCUGAACUGUUCGCUCCUACUGAACACAGCUCUAGCCUUGAACUGUUGGCAGGUUCUAAACACAGCCCUAGCCCUAAACUGUUAGAUCCUAUUGAACACAACUCUAGCCCGGAACUCCUUAGCCCUGAACUGUUGGCUCCUACUGAACACAGCCCUAGCCCUGAACUGUUGGCUGGUAUUGAACACAUUCCUAGCCCUGAACUAUUGACUCCAACUGAACACAGCCCUAGCCCUAAACUGUUGGCUCCUACUGAACAGACCCCUAGCCCUGAACUUUUGGCUCCUACUGAACACAGCCAUAGCCCUGAACUUUUGGCUCCUACUGAACACAGCCUUAGCUCUGAACGGCUUGAACUGUUGGCUCCUAAUGAACACAACCCUAGCCCUGAACUGUUGGCUCCUACUGAACACAGCUCUAGCCUUGAAUUGUUGGCUCUUACUGAACACAGCCCAAGCCCUGAACUGUUGGCUCUUACUGAACACAGCCCUAGGCCUGAAUUCCCUAGCCCUGAAUUGUUUGCUGAUAUUGAACACAGCCCUAGCCCUGAUCUGUUGGCUCGAACUAGACACAGCCCUAGCCCUGAACUGUUAGCUCCUACUGAAUACAGCCUUAGCUCUGAACGGUUGGCUCGUACUGAACACAGCCCCAGCCCGGAACUUUUGGCUCCUACUGAACACAGCAAUUGCCCUGAACUGCUGUAUCCUACUGAACACAGCCCUAACCCUGAACUGUUGGCACCUACUAAAUACUGCCCCACCUCUGAAUUGUUGGCUAUUACUGAACACAUCCUAUUACACAUCCUUAGGCUGGAACUGUUGGCUCCUACUGAACACAACCCUAGCCCUGAAAAGUUGACUCCUACUGAACACAGCCUUAGCCCUGAACUGUUGGCUCUUACUGAACACAGCCCAAGCCCUGAACUGCUGGCUCUUACUGAACACAGCCCUAGGCCUGAAUUGUUGGUUUCUUCUGAACACAGCCCUAGCCCUGAACUGCUAACUCCUACUGUACACAGCUCUUGCCUUGAACUGGUGGCUCCUACUGAACUAAGCCCUAGCCCUGAACUGUUGGCUGGUAUUGAACACAGCCCUUGCCCUGAUCUGUUGGCUCGAACUAGACACAUUCUAGCCCUGAACUCCCUAGUCCUGAACUGUUGGCUCCCACUGAAAUACAGCCCUAGCCCUGAACUUUUGGUUCCUACGGAACACAGCCCUAGCCCUGAACUGUUACCUCCCACUGAACACAGCCCUAGCCCUCAACUAUUGGCUGGUAUUGAAUACAGCCCAAGCCCUGAACAAUGUGCUCCUACUGAACACAGUCCUAGUCCUGAACUGUUACCUUCUACUGAACACAGCCCUAGCCCUGAACUGUUGGCUCUUACUGAACACAACCCUAGGACUGAAAUGUUGACUCCUACUGAACACAGCCCUUUUCCUGAACGGUUCGCUGCUACUGAACACAACCCUCAGACUGAACUGUUGACUCCUACUGAACACAGCCAUAGCCCUGAACUGUUGGCUCCCACUGAACACAGUCCUAGCCCUGAAUUGUUGGCUUCUACUGAAAACAGCACUAGCCCUGACCUAUUGACUCCAACUGAACACAGCUCAGGCCUUGAACUGUUGACUCCUACAGAACACAGCCCUAGCCCUGAACUGUUUGAUCCUAUUCAACACUGCCCUAGCCCUGAACUAUUCGCUCCUUCUGAACACAGCCCUAGCCCUGAACUCCCUAAUCAUAAAGUUUUGGCUCCUACUGAACACAGCCCCAGCCUUGAACUGUUGAUUCCUACUGAACACAGCUCUUGCCUUCAACUGUUGGCUCCUACUGAACACAGCCCAAGCCCUGAAUUUUUGGCUGGUAUUAAACACAGCCCAAGCCCUGAACUGUUGGCUCCUACUGAAUACGGCCCUAGCCCUGAGCUGUUGGCUCUUACUGAACACAGCCUUUGCCCUGAACUAUUGACUGCUGCUAAACACAGUCCUUGCCCUGAACUGUUGCGUCCUACUGAACACAGCCCUAGCCCUGAGCUGUUGGCUCCUACUGAACAUAGCCCUAGCCAUAAACUGUUGGCUUUGAUUGAACACAGCCCUAGCCCUGAACUGUUGGCUUCUACUAAACACAGCCCUAGCUCUGAACUAUUGGGUCCUAUUGAACACAGCCCUACCCCUGAACUGUUGGCUCCUACUGAACACAGCCCUAGCCCUGAUCUGUUGGCUCCUACUGAACACAGGCCUAACCCAGAACUUUUGGGUCCUACCGAACAAAGCCAAAGCCCUGAACUCCCUAGCCCUGAAUUGUUUGCUGAUAUUGAACACAGCCCAAGCCUUGAUCUGUUGGCUCGAACUAGACACAGCCCUAGCCCUGAACUGUUAGCUCCUACUGAAUACAGCCUUAGCUCUGAACGGUUGGCUCGUACUGAACACAGCCCCAGCCCGGAACUUUUGGCUCCUACUGAAGACAGCAAUUGCCCUGAACUGCUGUAUCCUACUGAACACAGCCCUAGCCCUGAACUGUUAGCUCCUAUUGAAUACAGCCCUAUCUUUGAACUGUUGGCUCCUACUGAACACAGGUCUAGCCCUGAAAUUUUGGCUCCUACUGAACAUAGCCAUAGCCCUGAACUGUUGGCUCCUACUGAACACAGCCCUAGUCCUGAAGUGUUGGCUCCUACUGAACACAGCACUAGUCCUAAACUGUUGGCUCCUACUGAACACAGCCAUUGCCCUGAACUGCUGGAUCCUACUGAACACAGCCCUAGCCCUGAACUGUUAGCACCUACUGAACACACCCCUAGCCCUGAACUGUCGGCUGGUAUUGAACACAGCCCUAGCCAUGAAACUUUUAUCUCCUACUAA